AUGACCAGAACAGAAAUGUACACAACAUGGGCUGCAUCACAUUACUACCUAUGCCAUGCAUGGAGCGUUGACUUUGAACUCAUGCGAAAAGGAAUCAUCGUGUUGGCGGAAUGUGCUGGGUACAAAUGGUCCCGGUGUAAUGACAUUAAAGUUGUCGAAAAGGUAUGGAUGGAACUUUUGUGGAGUUACCACGUAAAGGUUCAGACUGCCAAGCAUUUCAACACUAGUGUCAUGCACAAUGUGUUUUUGAGUCUGUUGAAGGGCGUCUUGCCAACUAGAUUGAAGAGUAUGUUUGACACUGGUUAUCGGUCGGACAACCGACUGGACGAGUACUACUUGGUGCCAAGUGUGGAAGCAGCCAAUCAACGACUCCUUGCGAGCUUGGAUUUUGUCCUUGAGCGGAGGUACAAUCUGGAGCAAUCCUUUUCUCUCUCUCUACCCAAUGAGUGA